GUUUCAAACAAAACACCGAACACCACCUAAUAUAUAACGCUUUGCGAGCACAGAUUUUCAUCGUCACCAUGGCCCCAUGGGAAGUCCUUGACCUAGUUUGUCACCAUCUUGACCCCAAAUCCCUUGCAGUAGCCUCAUGUGUGUGCAAGUCAUGGCUCAUUUCCAUGUCCUCUGAUCACCUUUGGAAGCCAAUUUGCACAUCCAAUUUCCCUUCUCUCUCUACCCUCAAAAUCACAAACCCUACCGUCCCCUACCGCCGCCUCUAUGUCAUUGGCUGCUCCGCUGCCAAAUGCCGCCGACAAACGCCCCCGAAACCCCGCCUUCUUCUGGACAACCUCAUCUUCACAAUCAACAUCUUCCACCAUGACAAUUCAUCGUCAAACAGUUUAUGCACUCUCGCAAAACCCGGAAACGAGCUAACCCUCGAUCCCAAUGGCAUCUUCAAGUUCGACAUCGAUGUUGAUAACCACGAUGCGUUUGAGGCAUUGGAAGAUGAGGAGGCGGUGAGAGUGACGUGGAAUGUGGUGUUGGAAGGGUGGAGGGGUGUUUUUGGGAUGAUGGAAAAUUGUAAAGGGAAAGGAGGGGUGGAGGGUUGGUUUUCGGAGGAGCUUCCUUCGCCGAGGUGUUGUUGCGGUUUGAGUGCGGUUGCUUGUAGUGGGAUUGUGGCGGAUUUGAAGUUGGGGUUUUGUGAUGGAAGGAGGAAGGUGAAGAAAGUGAGUGUGGGGAUUUUAAGUGUUGUAAAUUGGAGAUACGUGAGCGUUGAUGAUGCUCUGAGAUACUUGCAACAUUUUCUUCUACCUUGUGCUGUAUGAACUAAUUACAUCAUCUUUUUUCUUUUUUUUUUCAUAUGUAAUUUGUAGUUUGGCCUACAAGCCUUUUAUUGGGUGUUUGGUGUCCCAGAAAAACAAAUCGGAAUUGAUAUAUACAAGCAAGAACUAUGGCUCAAAUUCCUUUUUUUU